AGAUUUUCUGUCAAUACAAAAAUAACGAAGAAAACUCAACACAGAUUUGCUUUCAAUAAAAAAAUGUCAUAGUUUUUCUUCACUAUUAAGCAACUUCCAUCUGUUUAGCUUACCCAACCUUUUUAUAACCCUAAUUGUAAUUAGCUGGACUCCCCUUCUGUUGUUUGCCGUGAAUCACGUUCAAUCCACUUUAAUUAAUUUGUACGGUUUUUGCGUGUAUAUCAGCCAGAGGACAUUAGUCCAGUCGUCUUCCAAUGAACAAGGAAGCGAUAAUAAAACAGGCCGGGAGCUUCGUUGAUGGAAGCAUUUGAUCCAAUUUACCCUAUGCCUAACUAAAUUCAAAUCUUUGGAAACCCUCGUGAAUUAGAGAGGACGUUGGCAGUUUCAUGAUGAUGUUCUGUUUGUCGAAAAUGGUUUAGUUUAGCUUUAGAUUUUGCAAUUAAUUGCCCGAAUGUGAAACCCCACUGGAAAAGUUCGUAGACUUCAAUUGAUCUGCACCGGCGUAGCUAAUUUAGCGGUUGCGGGGUUUGAAUCUGUAAAAUUUAACGAGACUUUGAAACCCUGAUUGAAAUUAGGGGUUUUUUUCUUUGAUGGCGUGGUAAGUAUUUUUUUAGUUUUGAGCUGAGACUUAAUUGGGAGUAUUGAGGACAAGAUGGGGAGGGGGAAGAGCUGCGGCUUAGCUGCGGUGGCUUUAGCUGUGUUUUUUUCUGUCAUGGCUCCGGCUGUGGGAAAAUUUGUAGUGGAGAAGAAUAGCUUGGGAGUUACUUCGCCGGAUUCUAUAAAGGGCACGUAUGACAGCGCGAUUGGCAAUUUUGGGAUUCCUCAGUACGGUGGGACAAUGGUUGGGACGGUGAAUUAUCCCAAGGAUAAUAAGAACGGCUGUAAGACAUUCGAUACUUUUAAUAUUUCGUUUAAGUCCAAAACGGGAGAGCUUCCCGUUGUCGUGCUCGUCGAUCGUGGAGAUUGCUAUUUUGCUUUGAAAGUUUGGAAUGCUCAAAAUGCUGGAGCAGCAGCAGUUCUUGUCUCUGAUGAUAGGGAGGAACCUCUGAUCACCAUGGAUUCACCUGAAGAAGAUACUUCAGCAGCUGAAUAUCUUCAGAAUAUUACUAUUCCUUCAGCUCUCAUAGAGAAAAACUUUGGUGACAAGCUGAAAUCGGCAUUAAGCAAGGGGGACAUGGUUAAUAUAAAUUUGGACUGGAGAGAGUCUGUUCCACACCCAGAUGAUCGUGUGGAGUAUGAAUUGUGGACAAACAGUAAUGAUGAAUGUGGAGUCAAGUGUGAUACCCAAAUGGAGUUUGCAAAGAAUUUCAAAGGUGCUGCACAAAUUCUUGAGCAUAGUGGUUAUACACAAUUUACUCCUCACUACAUCACUUGGUACUGCCCACAGGCCUUUACUGUGAGCAAGCAGUGCAAAGCACAAUGCAUUAAUCAUGGAAGAUACUGUGCGCCUGAUCCAGAGCAGGACUUCAGUAGGGGUUAUGAUGGAAAAGAUGUGGUCAUUGAAAAUUUGAGACAGCUGUGUGUCUUUAAAGUUGCAAAUGAGACUAAGAAACCCUGGGUUUGGUGGGAUUAUGUCACUGAUUUCCAUAUCAGGUGUCCAAUGAAGGAUAAAAAAUACAACAAGGAAUGUGCAGAUAUGGUGAUCAAAUCUCUAGGAAUGGAUAUCAAGAAGAUAGAAAAAUGCAUGGGAGAUCCAAAUGCAGAUUCAGAUAACCCUAUCUUGAAAGCUGAGCAAGAUGCACAGGUUGGACAUGGAUCUCGUGGUGAUGUAACAAUUCUGCCUACUCUCAUAAUCAACAAUAGACAAUAUAGAGGGAAAUUGGACAAAGGAGCUGUUUUGAAGGCAAUAUGUGCAGGUUUUGAAGAAACUACUGAGCCUGCAAUUUGCUUGAGUGAAGAGAUGGAGACAAAUGAGUGUUUGACAAAUAAUGGUGGUUGCUGGCAAGAUAAGAAGGCAAAUAUAACAGCCUGCAAGGAUACUUUUAGAGGAAGGGUCUGUGAAUGUCCUUUGGUUCAAGGUGUUCAGUUCAAGGGAGAUGGCUAUUCUAAUUGUGAAGUUGCUGGAUCUGGACGGUGCAAGAUCAAUAAUGGUGGUUGCUGGCAUAGUACCCAGGAUGGACAGACAUUCUCAGCUUGUCUGGAAACACAGAAUAGUGGAUGCAAGUGCCCUCCUGGCUUUAAGGGAGAUGGUGUCAACAAGUGUGAAGAUAUUGAUGAGUGCAAAGAAAAGAAGGCUUGCCAAUGUUCAGACUGUAGUUGCAAAAACACAUGGGGUAGUUAUGAUUGUAGCUGUAAGGGUGACCUCCUGUACAUCAGAGACCACGAUACUUGCAUAAGCAAAAAAUCUGAACAGGCAAAGGUUGGUUGGGCUGCAGUAUGGGUGAUUCUAUUUGGCUUGGCUUCUGUUGCCAUUGGGGGUUAUGUGGUUUAUAAAUACAGACUUAGAUCAUACAUGGACUCAGAAAUCAGAGCCAUCAUGGCCCAAUACAUGCCUCUUGAUAGCCAAGGAGAGACUCCCAAUCAUGUUCAUGAAGAAAGGCUGUAAAUGCAACCUAGCCAGCUAGUUUUACAUCAAUUCUGCAGAUGAUUCUACAGAUUUUUUAUAUCCGUUUCUGCAUGAUUGUUGUGGUUGAAUCUAUUAGGUUAUUUUUUCAACCUUAGAAGUCAUGCAAAUUAUAGAUACUUGCUGUUCAGAUAGCUUCCCUACUUAUGAGCGGCAUGCUCACUUUUGAAUUGUAUAUCAUGAGAAGUUGGGGAGGAUUAGAUAUGUACUGUAGUUUGAGGCUUGCCUGUCUGAAAUAACAGGCAACUUGAUUAUGUCCUUAUUGGAAUUCUAUUUAGUCAGCACAGGUGCAACGUUGCAGUUUUCCAGUUUUUGAUUGUGAUUUAUGAAAGGAAGUUACUGUAGCGUGCAGCAUUCUUGAGUGGAAUCUCUGUUUGAAGGCUGACACUGCUAAAGUUUUUAAGCAGUGUAGUAUAAUUUGUCUUUUAACAAGUUUUAACAUUGAUAUAAGAAUGUUCUCCUUGCAAACCUCCUUCAAAUGUAACUUUGGACAUCCAUUUUUAGUCUGAUAAUAUGCAAUGCUCGAAGGCUGCAUAAAGUGAUUCAAUUUCCCA